AUGUUGUGCCGGAUCGUACAGCAGCAGCUGAGCGAUGCAGAGAAAGUAGACAAGCAGGACGACUCCCCCGUGACCGUGGCCGAUUACGGCGCGCAGGUGCUGGUGGCGUGGGCGCUGUCGCGCGUCGACCCGGACACCAGGCUGUCGAUGGUGGCCGAGGAGGACUCCGCCAGCCUCAAGGACCCGAGCGGUGCGGCGAUGCUGCAGCGCAUCACAGACAUUGUCAACAGCGUCGUGGUUGAGGCCGGCGGCGAGCCGCUGACAGGGGAUGACGUCAUUGCGCUCAUCGACCUUGGCCAGUCAGCGGGCGGCCCCGCUGGCCGCCACUGGGUGCUGGAUCCCAUCGAUGGCACGCGCGGCUUUGUGGGCAUGCGGCAGUAUGCAGUCUGUCUGGGCAUGCUGCAGGACGGCGAGGUCGAGCUUGGAGUGCUGGGCUGCCCCAACCUGCCUCAGGACCUCAUAACCGACGAGGACGGUGGCGCGGCCGCCGCCUCGCGCAGCGGCGAGGCCGGCCGCGGCUGCCUGUUCCUGGCGCACCGCGGGGCUGGGGCGUACGCGGCCGACCUCUGGGAUGCAGCUGCCCCGCUGCAGCGGAUCCGCGUGAACGACGUCGCAGACAACAGCGGAGCGCGGUUCAUGGAGUCGUUUGAGAGCCGCCACUCGGACCACAGCUUCACCGGCCAAGUGGCGCGCUUGAUGGGUGUCACGCUGCCGCCGCUGCGCAUGGACAGCCAGGUCAAGUACGGCCUGCUGUCCCGCGGCGAUGCGUCCAUCUUCAUGAGGUUCCCGCCGCCCUCGUAUCGGGAGAAGAUCUGGGACCACUGCGCGGGGUUCGUAAUCGUGGAGGAGGCCGGCGGGCGCGUCACCGACGCCGGCGGCGCGCGCCUGGACUUUUCGCGCGGGCGGUGGCUGGACCUGGAUAGGGGGAUAGUCGCGGGGCCGCCACGGGCGCAUGCAGCGCUGCUUACGGCGGUGGCGGCGGCGGAGGCCGCGCGGGCAGCGGCAGGGGCAGGUUCCAGCGGUUCCUAG